AUGGCCAUCAAUCGCGACACAUUACUGCUGUUCGUAUCGUUGCUUUGUCGGGUAGUCGUCGGAGAUGCAUUUCAUCCCGAAUAUUCGCUGCUGCGUUUACAGUCAAUAAUUGGGGACGCGGCUUCGCAGGAGGAUGUGCAAGCGCUAAAAACGAUGGCCGACGACCUAUCGUAUUGUUCAAACAAGGAGCGAGCCGUCAAAAGAUGGGUCGACAACCAUUUACAGGACGCCGACCCGUCGAUAGGUGCCGCGUUGCGCCGUUUCGCGCGCGCCCUCUGCACCUCGGAUCGUUACAUACGGGGCCAGGUGUGGAAAGCGCUCGGGGAUGAUGGACCACUUGGCAGCGACAUGGACACCCUCACCGAGCAGUACACCCGCGAUUUCGCGACCGUCUACCAAAACGAUGCACUCUACGCAUUCUCCGCAUUCACCGUACAGUACAUGUACAUGCUUGACUACAGCGCGGCCCGGAUGCAGUUGAUGGUGGACGCGUUGGCGGGAAUCCGUCAGCUAUACGCGCCGGGCUCGACGCCGAAGCGGUGGCUGAUUUGUGCGUAUCGCACGCUAUAUUGGGAGCCGUUAUACCUAGACACACCCACAAUAUCGUAUACAGACUCUGAUGGACUCUCAAUUUUCAACGAAACCGUAGCCGAGGGGCGGCAGUUAUGGGAGCAAGAUGGGGCAUACUGUGAUUCGAUCAAGGCC